AUGCGUAUCGCGCUUUCCUACCUCCGCCAGCUCUACGCGCUGGACACGCUGGACACGCGCUUCGUCGUUCCCGCCAGCGCCCCCCCCAAGGAAGCUCUCCACCACCCAGACCUCGACCACGCCCACCCGUUGCCACGCCCACAGGCAACCCACAGGACAAGCGCCGCCCACCACACCCACCAGCCACGAUGGAGGACGCCCGAGUUCUACUUUUACUACGUCAUCAUCUCGGCGAGCGUCUUCUUCAUGUUCAACCUGGUCAUCCAUUGCUCCCAACACUCACAUCCAAACUUCUCCACAUUCUCCCACCUGCUGUCCGACGGCUGGAUCCCUGGCCGUAAAGUGGACAACACCGAUGCACAGUACGCAGGCUUCCGCCAGAACGUCCCCUACCUCUUCCUAGUCGUCACCCUCCACCCACUCCUGCGCAAAGCGUACGAUGGCUUCUCGAGAGCCCACACGUACACGCACGUUCGUCCCUCGCCAGGCCUGACCAUGGGCCUGACGCCUGCUGCUGCUGCGGAUGCCCGUCUGAGCCAGCGUCUGUCCUUCGACUGCGCCUUUGCCGUCGUCUUCCUCGCUGCCCUGCAUGGCUUCUCCGUCUUCAAGAUCCUCGCCAUCCUGUACCUGAACUACCACAUGGCCAUGAAGCUGCCAAGAGCCCAUCUCCCAGCCGCCACGUGGAUCUUCAACCUGGCUGUCUUGUUUGCAAACGAGCUCUUACAGGGCUAUCGCUACGCUGCCAUCUUCGCCUUCUUCCUGCCCUCCACGCUGUCCGAGAAAGGCAGGCCGGCAGAAAACGUUGGCCACGCGCUCGACCGCUGCGGUGGUCUCAUCCCGCGCUGGGACGUCCUCUUCAACUUCACAGUCCUGCGCCUGAUCAGCUUCAACCUCGACUACUACUGGAGCCUGAACACCCGAGCCAGCAGUCCCCUGGAGAAGCAACUCGACCCCUCGAAUCUGUCUGAACGCGACCGCGUCUCCAUCCCCGCCAAACCCCACGACUUCAGCUUCCGCAACUACUUCGCCUACACAAUGUACUCGCCGCUCUACCUCGCCGGCCCCAUCUUGACAUUCAACGACUACAUCGCCCAGGCCCGCCACCGCCCCCACACCAUCUCCCGCAGACGCACCACCAUGUAUGCCAUCCGCUUCCUCGUCGUGCUGCUGACCAUGGAGAUCAUGAUCCACUACAUGUACAUGGUCGCCAUCUUCCACGCCAAGCCCGACUGGGCCAACUACACGCCAGCCCAACUCAGCAUGCUAGGCUUCUUCAACCUCAAGCACAUCUGGCUGAAGCUGCUGAUCCCAUGGCGCUUCUUCCGCCUCUGGGCCCUGCUCGACGGCAUCGACCCACCAGAGAACAUGGUGCGCUGCAUGAGCGACAACUACAGCGUGAUGCAAUUCUGGCGCGGCUGGCACCGCUCCUUCAACAAGUGGAGCCUGCGCUACCUGUACAUCCCCCUCGGCGGCUCCAGCCUCCCCGGUCCCUGGGGAAAGCUGAGAGGCGUGGCCAACUACCUCGCAGUCUUCAGCUUCAUCGCAAUCUGGCACGAUAUCCAACUCCGCCUGCUCAUGUGGGGCUGGCUCGUCACCCUCUUCGUCCUCCCCGAACUCAUCGCCGCCCAGCUGUUCCCCGCACGCCGCUUCGUAAACCACCCCGAUGCCUACCGCUUGCUCUGCGGCGUCGGCGCCGUCGGCGAGAUCCUGAUGCUGAUGGUUGCGAAUCUCGUGGGCUUCGCGCUGGGGCUCGACGGCCUGGAUGGCCUCGUCAAGGGGAUUGCCUCGUCCUGGUCGGGCUGGGCGUUUCUGGCCGCCGCCUGCUUUGCGCUCUUCACGGGCGUGCAGUUCAUGUUUGAGUGGCGCGCGGCCGAGCUGCGCCGGGGCGUGCGGAUGAAGUGCUGA